CACUGUAAUGGAAAUUACAACUCAGCCUACCAUUUCCGUUUAAGAUGCAAACUUUGUAUAUUGGGAUGUUAAAUGUGUUGUGGUGUUUUUUUGUAACCUGUGUGUUGAAUGUCUAAUACAUGUAAAUGUAUAUGGCGAAUCAAAUGAUUCGGAUUCUGAUAUGCGAGUUAAUUUCCCUAAAAGAUUCGGUUCAAAGAGUCGACUCAUUACAGCGACACAUCACUAGGGCUCAGUUUCCCGUUUUACCAGAUACGAAUGGUGUCCUAUCAUAAGCCGUCUUCCGUGCUCAUUUUUUCCUACACGUCUUGAAGGCCAUCUUCAAGAACGAGAGACCUCACUAUGAUGACGUCAGAUGAGAUUAAGUGCGAGGACGUGGAACCCACAACGAGUUCCAGUAGUCCGGAGCAGUCGUCCGAACAACUGGAAAACGAAAUGCACAUCUGCUCGCGGUGCGGAAAGAGCUUUCCGCACCUGAGUCACCUCCAGACGCACCAGUGCGUUCACGUAAAAGGCAAGCCGUACGAGUGCUCCGAGUGUGAGAAGUGUUUCAACGAUCGCAGUAGUCUCAUAAAGCACCUUCGGAUCCAUACGGGAGAGAAGCCGUAUCAGUGCUCCGAGUGCGGGAAGUGUUUCACCCAGAAGGGUCACAUCACGAAACACCUGCAGAUUCACACCCAGGAGAAGCCAUAUCACUGCUCGCUCUGCGGUAAAAACUUUAAUUACCUCUGUAAUCUCCAGCGACACCAGCGCACUCACACAGGAGAGAGGCCGUAUCAGUGUUCGCAGUGCAAGAAGAGGUUCAGCGAGAAAGACGGUCUCAUAAGACACCAGCGCAUUCACACAGGAGAGAAGCCGUACGAGUGUUUGGAGUGUGGGAAGAGUUUUACCGAGAGAGGGAGUCUCUUGAAACACCAGAGAAUUCAUACGGGGGCAAAGCCAUUCGAGUGCUCGUACUGCGAAAUGAGUUUUACGCAAAGGUGCAAUCUCCAACAGCACGAGCGCAUUCACACGGGGGAUAAACCGUUUUACUGCCUCGAGUGUGGGAAGAGUUUUAAUCGGGAGACGGCUCUCCAAGUACACCAGUGUAGUCACACAGGCGAGAAGCCGUACCACUGCCCAGAGUGUGGGAAGAAUUUUAGCGACCAGAGUAAUCUCCGCCAGCACCGUCGCAUUCACUCGGGAGAGAAGCCGUACAUCUGCUCACACUGUGGGAAGGGUUUUACUCAGCACUGUCAUCUCCAAGUCCACCAGCGCAUUCACACCGGGGAGAGGCCGUUUCCCUGCCCCCAGUGCGGGAAGAGUUUUACACAGCAGUGUCAUCUCCAGCGUCACCAGCGCAUUCACAUGGGAGAAGUCGUAUCAGAGCUGAUCGUGUGGGAAGAGUUUUACCGAGCGGUGUCACCUCCAGGUACCCCAGCACCGUCAGAGAGCUGUGAAUGAAGACAUCCUGCCGUUCGACUGUGAACCACAAAACAAUGCUGACAUGAUAACGAGCUUCCAUUAAAAAAAAUUGUGCUUUUGUUUCUUUUUGAAUUGAUUUGCAAAGUGACCUUGUGUGUGAGAAAGGUGCUAUAUGACUUUUUUGUGUGUGCUUGUUUUAUUUUGAAUUGUUCGCAAAGUGACCUUGAGUGUGAGAAAGGUGCUAUAUGACUACAACCUAUUAUGCAGUGUCUUGCAUAAGGAUCACCCCACUUGAGUGUUACAACCUAGGACUGAAUUGUGAUUUUUAUUGCUAGGUUUACACAACAUAUGUCUAACAUUUCGAGGCAACACCUUUGGUCUGUACUAGGUAGAACCACACAUUCGGUUGCUCUUACAGCUGCAAGUCUUAUGGGUUUGCCCGUUCUUCUCAGUAAAAUUGCCCGAGCUCUAUCGCAUGAGGUCGAAGAGUCCUUUGACGAACGGUAAUUUUCAACUCUUGCCACAGAUUCUCAUUUGGAUUUUACGGGGCUGUUUUAACACGUUCAGGUUCAUGGUUUAUAAACACUCCAGUGCAGCUUUGGCAGUAGGCUCAUAGUAAGGUCAUUGUCCUGAUGUUGGUGAGCCUCUGCCCCAGUUUCAACACUCUUGCAGACUGGAACAGGUUUUCUAGGAUUCCUCUCUAUUUGGCUUCAACUAUCUUGCCCUCGACCCUGAUUAGUUUCCAAGUUUGUACUGAUUAAAAUCAGUAAAAUGCUGUGGGGAUUGUGUUCUCAGGGUUAUGAGCAGUGUUGAGUUUCUGCCAGACAUAAUACUUUGUCCAAAGGGCAAAAAGUUUUGGUGUCGUCGAACCAGAGAACUUAGAAACAUGCCUCCAUAGCCCACCUUAUGGCGUGAACAGCUUCUUCCAUCUUAGCUGUGGAACUCUCCAGCUUCUUCAGAGGUACCCUUUGCUUCUAAGUAUCUUCCAUGACUAAUAUCCUCGUUACCCCAUCACUGACGUUUGGUGGAUAGCCUCAAGUCAUGUGCAACUUUUUUUUUUAUUCUAAUGGAUUUUGUAAUAAUGUCACUCUGCAGGUAGUGGUUUAGUGGUUAUGCUUGUUUACCUCGCACCUCCAGGUUGGUGGUUUGAAUCCUGCCUCUGCCCUGUGUGCGCAGAGUUUGCAUGUUCUCCCCGUGCUUCGGGGGUUUCCUCCGGGUACCUCCCUUAGUCCAAAGGCAUGCAUUGUAGGCUGAUUGUCAUUUCCAAAUUGUCUGUGACCUUGUGUAGGAUAAGCUGUACAGGUAUUAAAGAUGGAUGGAUGGCUGGAUGUUGCUCUGCAGGAUGUUCGAAGUUUGGAAUUUUAUUUUAUAACCAAACCCUGAUUGAUACUUUUUCCAGGACAGAACUUUGACUGUUUUAAGAGCUCCUCGCUGUUUUAUGACGCUCUUUUGUUUAGGCAUAUUCUAUAACAAACUCUGCAUUCUUACAGGAACAGGUGUAUUUAUAUUGAGAUCAGGUCACACUUUAAUUGCACAAAGGUCUACUCAACUCAACUCAUUAUAUGACUUCUGCUAGUUGUACUAGAACUAGUGUAGGGGUUUCACAGCAAGACGUGAUGUAUGUAUGACUUAUGUAAAAACUAAUAUUUGUAAAUAUUUUUUCAAACUAUGUUUUGCUCCACUUCAAUAUUCUGGGUUUUGUGUAGAUUCAUGACAUAAAAUCCCAAUUUAGGCCGUUUCAGUUCCAGGUUGUAACACUACAAACAAUGGAGAAGUUCAAGGCACUGUAGGUAGUGUUUAACUUUAGCUAAUGGCUGAAAGACUGAACCUGACCUGGUUGCACCAGAUCACACAGCAACCCAACCAUCCCAGUUUCAUUCUAAGCCCUUUCUUUAUACCGACAAUAUCAUGAGUUUCCUCCUCCUUCCCUAUCAGAUGUGUUAAGUCAUCCGAGUCUAUGGUGUGUAAUUACUAUUUAAAAAUAUAACUACUUUCAUUUAAAAUGUUUAUUUUGAAGUGUGUUAACAUUGUACUGAAUGCAUUUCACUCUAUGACGGUUGCACAGUUUUUGUAUAUUCCUGAAAAUACUUUUCCAACAGCAGGUAUUGCUCUUCAAACACAAAUUUGUUUGAUAUUUACAGUACAGAAGAGACAAAGUGUUCAUCACUGAGAGACCUUUUGUACAGUCCAGAAGAGUAAAUAUAAUUUCAUGCAUGUUACGGCUUCCAUGGCUAAUUAAUGUAGCGUAUAAUGGUCAGCCAUGAGCUACUAGACUGCAGCUGGAUAGUUCUUUAAAUACAUGUCAUACGCAGUAACUGUAGACAUAUAAAAAUAGCAAAAAAAUUAUAAUCUUGCAAUCAUGUACAUACAUGAAUAAUCAAAAACUGAAAGAAAGGAUCAUACAGUUGUGUUGUGUAAACUUCCUACAUAGGAAGUAAUGUUUAAGUAACGUGCUGCUUUUCUCAGUACUACUGAUAUUGGAUGCAGCCUGGCUGUAGAUUUAAACUUUUACAUAAUGCACCGUCAGAAGUUCUGUAAAUUCAAAAUGUUUGACUGUUUGGGAUGAAUUUUCAGCUGCAGCCUCGGACUGAUGUGGUGUUUGACAGUAAGAAAGUGAUUCAUGUGAAACUUCUGAAUUUUCAGCACAAUUCAACAUAAGAGGUUGGCUAGAUUGACGCCUCAGCUUCACCAACUCAAGGACAGAUAAACUCAACCUAAAGACAAAAUUUUUCCAGGGUAGGUUGGAAAAACGUCUCUCAUUGGAUUAACACUUAUUUAAGUAUUUAAUUUAGACUUAGUUGCUAUUGUUUUGGGGUUUUUGUUUUUCAUGUCAUCAGAAACAGAUUGGUCAAUGCUAUCUUCCAGUGUGUAAUCAGAUAUUAAUCAAUAAUAAUGUGUGAUAAAUCCUGACUGUUACUGUUGUUUUACCUGUCACAUCCUCUUUGUAUGUGGUUUGGUCUUAUAUAUUCUGUAUUAUCCCUGUAGUUGUUGACAAUUACUCUUAAACUUGUAUUCUAUUCUAUUCUA